CCUCUCCUAUUGAGUUGCCCACCUUUCACACGACUUGAAAUCCGAGCAGUGCUAGGACCCCAGAAAGCAAAGAGAGAAAAGAAAAUAGUAGAAUAACAGUAGAAAGUGUUUUGUAAUGUAAAAGAUUAUUUCUCUUUUUAUUCAAAGGAGAAUCAGUUUGGUUUUUUUUGGUUUGGUUUUUUCUCUCCACAAAAUUAAUUCCAAUGCUCUCAUCUCCUCUUCUUCUCCCUCUUCCAGCACGACAUGAUCAGCAGCAGCAACAGCGUCUAUGGCUUAAAGAUGCAGUGGACCCCCGAGCACAGCCAGUGGGCCGAACAACAUUUCGACAUUUCCUCCACCACACGCUCACCAGCACACAAGGCUGAGGCCUACAGGGCGGUACCUGGCCACCUGCAGCGCUCCACCACCUACCAGUAUGCCUGGGCAAAUGAUGACAUUUCAGCCCUCACCGCCUCCAACCUGCUCAAGAAGUAUGCGGAGAAGUAUUCUGGUAUUCUCGAGAUGCCUGGCUCUUAUUCCGAGGCCCCCGGAGUGAUGAACGGGCGUAAAGGUGAAUCAGAGCCAUGGCAGGAUGGCGUUUACCCAAUGAGCUGCAUCCCAGAGGGGGUUUCGGUCAGAAAAGGAGGGGUAGCGGCAGCUUCAGAGGUGGUGUCUGGCAUGUGCAGCUCCCCUGGCCUCGCCUCCAGCACCCUGAGUGAGCCCAGCUACUCCAGCAGCUGUGGGAGCCACACUGCCACUGCCCUGCAUUCCUCGUCCAUGCCUCCCUCUCAGGAAUAUGGCCCGCCGUACAGUGGCUCCUACUUACACAGUAGUUACAGCUCCCAGUCUGCCCCUACCCCUGCUCUUCCCUCUCCACUACACAGUUCUGGACUCCUACAGCCACCUUCCCACCCCACAUUAGUCCCAGCUUACAAUGGAGGCUCCCCUAACUUGUCUAGUUAUAAUUACCCCCCAGCAGGCUACCCAGCUCAGAGCUCAGUCGGGCCAGGAUACAGCCCUGGGGGAGCACCCCCUCCGUCCUCAUACCUGCCCUCAGGCAUUGCUGCACCUACACCACUUCCUCCCUCCUCUGCUUUACCUGGAUACCCAUACCAGAGCCACAAUCUAACCCCAAUUGCCCCAACCCCUCUCAAUGGUAGCUCCUCCAACUCACUGAAGAGGAAAGCCUUUUACAUGACAGGCCAAGGAGAGAUGGACUCCUCUUAUGGUAACUUUGCCUAUGGUCAGGCUCGAAGCUCAGCUGAGAGCCCCAUGUACAGGAUAGCAGACAGCACCAGUGCAAACGGGGGUUCUAACAGCGCCGGUGGUGUUGGCUUUGAUAGAAGUGCUGAAAAGUCAUCUUUACCCUUUAAUCCUCAAAAACAGACCACAAUGGCUUCAGAGCAGCAACAGAGGAAGUACAACAGCCAGACAACAGGUGGACCACUCACUCCACCAGCCUUUGUCACCUCCACCUUAGGGGGUUCCCGCUCAGCAGACUCCCUUGCCAACUUUACUUCUCCCUCCCUUAGUGAGCAAAAUGCUGAUGAUCACCGUCUCCACCUCUCCCACUCAGCACCUGGAACCAACUCAUCCACGUCCUCCCGACCUGCAGAAGAGCAGCUAAAAACAAGCGACCCUCACCUUCUGGACAUGGUUACCUCUGAAAUUGUUCAACAGGGCCCCCCAGUGGAUUGGAGUGAUAUUGCAGGUCUUGAAAUGGCCAAGGCAACCCUGAAGGAGGAGAUUCUGUGGCCCAUCCUUCGCCCGGACAUGUUCAGCAGUUUAGGACCAACCCCACGUUGCGUGUUGCUGUUUGGCCCUCGGGGCAGUGGCAGGACGUUGCUGGGUCGCUGCCUGGCCAGCCAGCUGGGGGCACCAUUCCUGCAGCUCAGUGGUUCCACAUUGGCCACCAAGUGGCUGGCCGAGGGUGAGAAAAUUAUCAGAGCAUCCUUCCUGGUGGCCCGCUGCCGGCAGCCCUCAGUACUGUUCAUUAGUGAGGUUGACAUGCUGUUGUCUGCUCACCUCAGUGAAGAAAGUCCUAUCAAUCGACUGAAAGGAGAGCUACUCGCCCAGUUGGACUCCCUUCUCAUGGGCUCUGGCGAAGAUGGAGGCAACCAAGUGUUGGUGGUUUGCUCAACAAGCAGACCGCAGGACAUGGAUGAAGGCCUGCGCAGGUAUUUUGCUCGGAGGGUCCUUGUGCCCCUGCCAGAUAGUGGAGCCAGACACUUCAUCGUGAACCAGCUCUUGGCCCAAUCUCAACACAAAUACUGCUUGAGCGAAGAGGAGCUAGCUCUGCUGGUCCAGCGUACAGAGGGUUUCUCUGGACUGGAUCUGACCAGACUCUGCCAGGAGGCCCUCGUGGGUCUGUUACACAUCUCUGCACAGGGCAUGGACAUGACAGGUAUGAUGUCCAGGGGACAGAUCAGACCUCUCACUUACCAGGACUUUGAGAGUGUCUUUUGUAAAUUCCAGCCCAGUAUAUCGCAGAAAGAGAUUGACACAUACACUGAGUGGAACAAAAUGUUUGGCUGCAGCCAGUGAAGACAGAAUCCGCCCUUGAGAAAACUAGACAUCGACAAUUCCUUCCUCAGGGCAGAAGCAUUGUGCUGGAGGGAAAGGCCUGCAAGAAGGCCAACACAAGUCCACCGAGUUCUCACAAGCAGUGCCGAGAUGCUCCAAGAGACUUGCUUUGAUGAGACAACUGGCAGUUUUGGGAUUAAUGAGCAAGAGGUUUAAUUUGAAUGCUUGACACACCAGAAAGGGAGGCAUUGUUUACACAUUGCCAGCAAGUUGGCUUCAUACGAAAGAUGCCCCAGUGUCUGUGUAUAUAUAUCGUUAUUUUCUUGUUCAUUGGGAUUUUGUUUGUUUGGCUAUCCAAGUGCCUGAAGUGGUGCUUUCCUUUUCCUUUUUUUUUAUUUGCCUCACAAUCUACAUUCAUAGCAUGAGCUGUUGAUAAUUAAGAGCUUUAAAACUUCAGCGACGAGUCUGAACAACAGAGAUUGACGGUCGCCGUUCCUGGUGGUCAAUCGUCAUCAUUAAUUGUCUUGCUAAAAAAAAAAGCAGUAACGCAUCAGAGCGACAGUAGCCUGGGCUCGUACUUACGCUCAUCUCUCCUGAUCCUUUGUCUGCAAAACAAACAAACGUAACAAACAAAACUCAGGAAAGCGUUUGUGAAUUGUACAGUACCUCAAGAUAUCUUGACGAAAAGCACUAAGAUCUGAGAGAGGAAUCCGAGGUGGUUUGGCAGUUUAUGUCUAGCAAAGCAGCGUUAGGUGUACCUCAGCUGGCUAGGAUGAAUAGCAAAGAGAUGACAAUGAAUGUACUAGACAUGUUCUGGAUUGAUGCGAUAUCAUCAAUAGUGAGAAUACAAAACCUUAUUUCUUUCCUUUUUUCCUCCCAGCAGGUGUUUUUGUCACCUGGUUUUGUUUUGGUUUUUUUGUCGACCCGUGCUGAACCUUAUUUUGUUUGCUCUUAAAACGUUUAAACAGUGUUGACCAGCUUUGUUGGGGGUUUUGUGAGAAGGGCAGGUUUUGGGGGGUGUUGGGAGUUGUAUAUUUAUUCAAACAAAUAUAAUCAACAAUGUUUAUAUUAUGGAAUCUAGGUUAUAUGGUUAUGCUUCCUGGCGGUUCCAUUAGUUGGCUCACUUCUGCGCAAAAGACCUCAAAUUGCUCACAUGUCAUGUUGGUAAACUUGAUGCUCAAAACAGAUUAAAACCCAGAUUAAUUAAAGGAAUCGUUUUAGAAAAAUGUUUGCUCUCUUAUCUAGUGUUAGAUGAGAGACAACCGUUAUGUCUGCACACUAAAUACGCAGUUAGUGCUAGCAGCCAGUUAGCUCAUCUUAAUGGUGCUUUCAAAUGGGAUAGGGUUUACAAUGUUUACAAGAAGAGCGUCCCCUCAGUUGCAUGUUUUCUGAAUUGUUCAUUUCAGUCAUUUAAUAUUUGGCAUUGUCGAAUUUGUUUUCCCCAUUGACCAAUCUUUCGUCCGUCUUCAUCACUUACAUUACUUGUUUUUUUGUACGUGUCUAUGUUGCUGUUGCUUAGCAACAGUCUUCUCAUAACCCUAACUAUUUGAACAUCAAACAUGUCUUGGUCAUAAAUUCCGAUGUCGUGAACAUGAAGUCCCAUUUGAAAACACCAUGAAAAAAGAAAACUGGCUUUACAAAAUCUACUUACUGGCAUCUCUGACAGUUAUGUUUUAUGGGUUGUUUUUUUUUAUAUCUUAACCAAAACUGAAGAGUACAAAUAACAAGUUAAAUACUUGUGCUUGAAACCUUAUAUUGAAAGGACAUAUCUAUCCGAGUGGCAUCCACCUUCUCAUCAAUCUUUCAGCAAGAAGGUAAAUAGUCAAGGAAUAGUCCCCAAAAUGUCAAGCUAUUCAAAUCAAUCACAGUAAUAUCAAGCACAAUUUACUGUGUGUGGGUCUGAAAUUAAAAUUGUGACUUGAUAUCAUUUUGUCGGGAUUAUCACAGUGGAUUUCAGCCAGAAAUGCUGUAUUAGAUACAAUAAUCACAAUGUGUUGUGUUCAACUACACAACAGAGUUAAUUCCAGAUUUCCCCAGGAUACAAGUGGAAUUUUAUUUGGAUUCAUAUGGCAGUAUGGGUAUUGCACAGUUGCCUUGAUACUCUUGCUGAUUUUGUGCACUUGAAUUGGAUAAGCUAUUGAAAUGAACACCACUCCUGUAAUUUAAAUCAGACAUUCAUCCAGUACAUGCCUUCGAUGUCUUAUCAUUUUACAAGUGUGGAAAAUACUAAAUCAAGCUUUAUUUGCUGUUUUUGCCGGAGGUUUGUUUGAUAAUAGCAAUUUCCGCUGACCGUCAUUUCUGUAUCACAGUCAUUAUGUUAUUAUUAUACUAUUAUCUAUACCAUGUGAUUGUCCAUCCAAGGGAUUUAUACCCAGUUACCACAAUGGUUUUAAUCAGGCUACAUCUGAAAAUCGGUUCUAAAAGAAAAGUUAUCCAAAGUUUAUCAAAAGCAUAUAGCACCGUUCAUUUUUUGCGUAGAUCUGUAACUGAAUUGUCAGUGAUUAUUUUUUUUUUUUUUCCAUAUUUACACAGAUGUCAUGAAGCACAUAAUCUAUAGUAAGUGCAUUUUACUUUUCUAGUUUACUGGAAGGCUUUGUAACAUGAGUUUGGAAGUUUGGCACACGCCGUCACCCAUUGUAUUGCAUUGGAAUGUAUUUUGCCCCCCCCCCGGUCACUGUAAGAAGCAGUCCUUUAGCUCUACUCUUGUGGCAUGGAGGUAUUUAUCAUACGCGCACUAAAUAAUUUGUUUGUGUGUGAUAUUGUUUUUGUUGUAAUGUCUCACUUGACAGCACUUGCUUUCUUUGGAAGGAGAUUUUGUUUAUCUGAAGCAGUUUUAAUUGUGCUCUUUUUAAAUAACAAUAAUAAUAAUAAUGAUGAUGAUGAUGAUGAUGUCCACACAAGAGUUGCGUACAGUGUGUGUGUAGGUGGGUGGUGGAAGGAGGUUCUGCUGAGCAUCAGCAAAACUGACGGAAAGGAAAGACAGCCAGGCAAUGUGGCGGCAGCACAAUGGGGAAAGCAGAGUGGUCCGUCAGAAAACCACCCUCAAAACAAUCUGUACUAGAAUUCCUUCUGUCAGCAAAUCCUCUGGAGAGAGAGAGAGAGAGUGAGAGAGAGAGAGAGUGAGAGAGAGAGAGAGUCCCUUCAGACAGAAAAACUGACUAAUGCACUUCAGAGCACACAACAUCAGCACACACAUUCUCUCUCACACCCUGCUCUCCACAUCAGUACCACACCAAACACACUGCCCAAUGCUACGCUUGUCUGUCAUGUUUUGUGCUCCUUCUUUUAAGUCUUUCUUCUACAUGGUUGUAAAAAUCUAGCCUUUGUUUGUUUUUUUUUUCUUUCUUUUGUUUCGUCAGUAAACCUUUCCCCAUGUGGACGCUAGAGUUCUUUGCAGCAUUUCUACCUCAUGGCUACAAAACACGCGUGGUAUUUGAUUUACAUCUUUUCCCAAAUGUCAGACAUUUGUAAAAUAAAAAAAAUAAAAAAAAUACAUUCGGG